GCCUGUUCAGACAAAAACAAAAGUCUGUGCUGGAAACUCCAUCUUAAGAGUCCAAGAAGUUUUACUGUCAAAAAAAGGAUAAUGAUAGGUCUUCAAAAGUGAAAGACGACACUGCCAGUCUUCUACAUUUGCCGUGGUGCAGUACAACUUCCUGGAAGAUGCAGACAUGUCAGAGGAAAACCUUCACAUGUACCAUUGCUGCUCUGGUACUUUUGGUGGGACGUCUGAUUGUGGCUACGUUUGUCAAUUUCAGCUGGCACGAAACAGUCAAAAAAGAUGCUGCUAAUCUGACCUCUGACCCCAGGGGCAGUUCGAAUGAUGACUGUGGGACCAAAGCAAUGGUGGUGUUUGAAGAAGCUCUGAACAUAACUCAAUGCUUUAAUGAUGCAAAGCAAAAAGCAAAAGAGCCAGCACACAUGUUCCUGAAGAAAAGUCAUUCAACAGCCAUAUACACGUACACCAAUGCUAUGAUGGUGGCCACCAAUCAACACAAGACAGCAGCUAAAGCAACUGAACAGUCGGAGGAUAAAGACCCAUCUCAGUGCCACGUUCCUUAUUCUUCCCUCAGUGAAGCCAUUCAGAUUCUGAGGCAUAGUCAGAAAGCGGGACUGCUACUGAAGACAGGAUGCCAGAUUUGACAGACUACACACUGCAGUCUGCAUUUGAAAUGGACAUUGCCAUGAGAACAGGCCCACUGACAGCAUGAGAACUGCUGGAUGAUCCCUGCCUGUGGCAUAACCACCUGAAUGGACUUCUCAUCAAAUACACAUUCUUUUGCUAUUAUUCUGUUUCUUCACCUUUGUAAAGCUUUGUAAAACCCUUGUGCUAUUUUGGCGAUCUGACUGUUCUUGUUUGUUGAGUUAACUUCAUUCUGUGUUUUCUUCCCCAGCUGUGUCUGUUUUAGAAUUUCUCACACCUGUCAUUCGUUCGUUCAUUAGUUCCUUUAUGAAUUUAUACCUGCACCAUUUCCUGGUUUAGUUGCCAGGGUAUUCUUAUGGGUAUUUCCCAUGCUGUUUAGUUGGAAGUAAUUUGAGUGUCUUUAUCACCCGUGGUUAGUAGCAGUAUAUAGUUUUUUAUGUACUGUUCAUUUCUUGUUACCUUUCUAGUUGGAUUUUGUGGUGUGUUUAUUUUAAAGUGGCUUAUUAGACUGGAAUUAAAUGCUUUUUGAACAUUAUAUCACCUUGCGUCUCACCUACCAUCUGUUUUCUUACUGCCUGCAUCUCUCGGUUAUUUGGACAUUUCUAAUCAAAGUUUGACAGAGUUUCACUUAAUGAAAACACGGAAUUUCCAAGAAGUGCAACUGUGGAUGUCAAGAGUUCCCAGUAUUGGUUUUCAUUUUGCAGGUUCUUGUUUUAUCUUUGAUGUACAAUUUAUAUAAUUUACGCAAUACAUUUUGGAUUCUGAAUAAAGCUGGAGGCAUGAAAUCAGAGGUCAUGUUCAAAGCCUCUGUUGGAGGAGCAGCUCCUGUCAGUUGUGAUAAU